UCUAGAACAUUCCCGGGAGUAGGAGGGUGACGUAGCAUCCGGGAGGGUGGCGGAGAGUGGCGCGCCGGCCAGGGCUCAUACCAGCCGAGACCAGCAGGAAGUACGCACACGGUCACUCCCACCCACCGCACACCAUAUAUUGCUGAUAUUUAUCUUACAAAACGCAAAAAUGGCUAAAACUACUGCAGUUGGUAUCGAUUUGGGAACUACCUACUCCUGUGUGGGCGUGUUCCAGCAUGGCAAGGUUGAAAUCAUCGCCAACGACCAGGGCAACAGAACAACGCCCUCCUAUGUGGCAUUCACAGACACAGAACGCCUCAUUGGUGAUGCGGCAAAAAACCAGGUGGCCAUGAAUCCAAACAACACAGUAUUUGAUGCAAAGAGAUUAAUUGGUAGGAAGUUUGAUGAUCACAAUGUCCAGGCUGAUAUGAAACAUUGGCCAUUCGACGUCAUCAAUGAUAACACAAAGCCAAAGAUUCAAGUAAAUUACAAAGGGGACGUUAAGACUUUCUACCCAGAAGAAAUUUCCUCAAUGGUGCUAAUCAAAAUGAAGGAAACUGCUGAAGCAUACUUGGGAACUACAGUGAAGGAUGCAGUUGUAACCGUGCCAGCGUACUUCAAUGAUUCUCAGCGCCAGGCUACCAAGGACGCUGGAACCAUCUCUGGUCUCAAUGUGCUGCGUAUCAUUAAUGAACCCACCGCCGCUGCCAUCGCUUAUGGUCUUGACAAGAAAGUUGGUGGUGAGCGCAAUGUACUCAUUUUCGAUCUUGGCGGUGGUACUUUUGAUGUGUCCAUCUUGACCAUCGAGGAUGGCAUCUUCGAAGUAAAGUCGACUGCUGGUGACACUCAUUUGGGUGGUGAAGACUUUGACAACCGUAUGGUAAACCACUUCAUUCAAGAGUUCAAGCGCAAGUACAAGAAAGAUCCAACUGAAAACAAACGUGCCCUUCGCCGACUUCGUACUGCUUGUGAACGUGCGAAGCGCACUUUAUCGUCCUCGACUCAGGCUAGUGUAGAAAUAGAUUCGUUGUUCGAGGGUAUAGACUUCUACACCUCUAUUACACGUGCGCGUUUCGAAGAGUUGUGCGCUGACUUGUUCCGUGGUACUCUAGAGCCUGUUGAGAAAUCUCUUCGAGACGCAAAAAUGGACAAAGCCCAGAUUCAUGAUAUAGUUCUUGUGGGAGGUUCUACUCGCAUCCCAAAGAUUCAGAAGCUUUUGCAAGAUUUCUUCAAUGGAAAGGAACUGAACAAGUCAAUUAAUCCAGAUGAAGCUGUAGCGUAUGGUGCAGCUGUUCAGGCUGCCAUUCUUUGUGGAGAUAAGUCUGAAGCUGUUCAGGACUUGCUCCUACUGGAUGUCACUCCUCUCUCCUUGGGUAUUGAAACUGCUGGGGGAGUGAUGACUGCUCUAAUUAAACGCAACACCACCAUUCCAACAAAGCAGACUCAGACUUUCACCACUUACUCUGAUAACCAGCCAGGCGUGCUUAUUCAGGUUUACGAGGGAGAACGUGCUAUGACCAAGGACAACAACCUUCUCGGGAAGUUUGAACUAACUGGCAUCCCUCCAGCACCUCGAGGUGUUCCUCAGAUUGAAGUCACCUUCGAUAUUGAUGCCAAUGGUAUUCUUAAUGUGUCUGCUGUUGACAAGAGCACUGGCAAGGAAAACAAGAUUACUAUCACCAACGAUAAGGGUCGCUUGAGUAAAGAGGAAAUCGAACGUAUGGUUCAAGAUGCAGAGAAAUAUAAGGCUGAAGAUGAGAAGCAGAGAGAUCGUAUUUCUUCCAAGAACUCUCUAGAAUCCUACUGCUUCAAUAUGAAAUCUACCGUUGAAGAAGAAAAGUUUAAGGACAAGGUUUCUGAAGAGGACCGUAACAAGAUAAUGGAAGCCUGCAAUGAUGCAAUCAAGUGGUUAGAUGCAAACCAGCUUGGUGAGAAGGAAGAGUACGAGCACAAGCAGAAGGAAAUAGAGCAAGUUUGCAACCCAAUCAUCACAAAGAUGUACCAGGCAGCUGGAGGUGCUCCUGGCGGCAUGCCCGGUGGUAUGCCUGGUGGUUUCCCUGGUGCCCCUGGCGCGGGUACGGGUGCUGCUCCUGGCAGUGGCGGCUCUGGACCUACCAUCGAAGAAGUGGAUUAAAUUCUGGCUGUCUAGCUCAGAUUUGUCUACCUAUACAGUCGACCUACACUAGUCCAACCAUUCCAUACAAAUCAAAUGUAUUUCCGUGACCAAGGAAUACAUCAUUUUCGUAGAAUCAUUCCAUAAUUUGCGAAAAUAAAGGAGAUUGAGUUA